UGGAUUUAAAAAAGAAGAUCAAAUAUGUCCUUCGAAAGUGGUUACUCGAUUGGUUUGAAUAUCCAUCACUAGUUCAAUUUUGGGCAUCCACAAUGACAAUGGAGGACCGGUCUUAUCUUACCACUCAAAACCAACCUUUCGCUCUUUCUACAUUUGAUACAAGAAUUGAUGAUGAUGUUAAAGGACCUGUUAGAGGACUUUGUGGGUAUAGGAUGAUUUCUAAGGACUAUAAAUUUUACACGGAUAGAGAGAGUUCAGAUGAACAACUUGGGGCUCCUGGCCGUGUGUUCAACCAUGGAUUUCCCGAAUUGACUCCCAAUGUAGAACAUUACUCUAUCAAAGAGUAUCCAUUGCGCGACCAUGCUUUACGUUGCCAAGUUGCACAAUCUUUGGCUAUCCCACUGUUUGAUCUUUCUGCCCACUUAUGUGUUGGUGUACUUGAGAUAGUUUCAACAAUGCCCCCAAUAGACUUUCUAUCGCACUACUGGGUUGACUGGGAGGUUUUCUGUAAUUAUUUCAAGGAGGUAGGUCUGGAAUCUUCAAUUUCGGUUGCAGACCAUCACAAGGAAAGAGUAAGUGGUACACUGUAAUGUAAUGUCAAAUUUGAUAUUUUAUUUUAUUUUUUAAAUUAAUAUGAUAAGGAAUAUCUUCUGACAA